UCGUGUGUGCGGCUGGACGUGAAUGGUUUGUAUAUCUACCAGUUGCGAGCGCAUGAAUCAUUCAUAGUACAGUGGGCUUCCCCCAAACUAGUCAAAACUCUCUGGUUUAGAAAUCUACGGUGGUGUUUCGAGAAUCCGACAAUCUAGGUCUCGCUCUAGCUAGCUCCUUGUGCCUAUCGUGAAGUUGUGCUCAGCUGAGGAUAGCUCCCUACCUAAUUAAUUGGACAACCUUCCCGAAGUAGCAGUGGUGCCUAAAUCGUGAUGAUGCAUAGUGCUAAAAUUGGCAUUGUAGAGAACCAGCCGCCAGCGAGCCAGAUGCACAACGGUCGUCAACGACUUCGGCCGUUCCUCAUCAGCCUCAUCGACAGCGGCAAGGUCAAGGGCCUGCAGUGGCUCGACAAGGAGAAGACGCUCUUCAAGAUUCCCUGGAAACAUGCUGGCAAACAAGACUACGACCCUCAAGAAGACUCCAAGAUAUUCAUGCUAUGGUCGCGUAAUACCGGCAAAUACAAGGAGGGUAUCAUGGAGCCGGAGCCGGCGGUCUGGAAGACACGUCUUCGUACCGCCCUCAACAAACUCCCCGACAUCGAAGAGAUUCAUGAGAAGACACAGCUCGAUAUCCCCGAACCUUACCGGGUUUACAAGCUCCAUCCCAAGAAGACUGGUGGAUCUAAUGCGAAUAAUAAGGCACCUCAUCCAGUGUGUCACGAGUACCAACCCGCUACAGGUCGACAGCCACGUUCGACAGGGGGCAACAUUCGAGGCUAUCACUCUACGGGGUCCUACCCCACUGGGAUAGAAUGCCCUGAUAUGCCACACCCUAGCUACCCCUCCCACUACCAAUCUAUCUAUGACUACUCUUACCCAAACCCGAUGUGUGAUGUCGGCAUGGGUGCAUACAGCCUUUCGCCGACUGGUGGAAGCCUAUCAGGUUUCGGUUACUACCCUCCCCAUCAGCAGAGCGUCAUGACGUCUUCCAGCAACCGCCACCACCCUUACCACACACCGGGUCACCGACUGCACCACAACUCGACGGGCUCGUCGGGCAGCUCCGUGGCCGAGCUCAAUGAGAUCACCGAGGUGAUCAACGAAGACCUGAGUACAGGCAACAUGAACGACCACCAGGCACAUCACUACACCAACAUGGACAACAUGGACGUGGACAUCCAGACUCGGAUGAAGAUGGAAUCAAAUGCAGCAAUGCACCAGUACAUCAACAACAACGACCCCUCACAGAUGAACUACCACGACCCCACCUCUGUGACAUCAUCCGGAAUGACCGUCCCUUACAACAGCGUGUCCAACAGGGCGCAAGUCCCGCAACGCUGUUCGGCGCGUUCUGACUACGAUCAGCAAGCUUCGCCGCCAACCGCUAUCAACGCCAUCACCAUAGCUUCGAACAUCCUGUCCGGUGAGGGUGAGGGUUUGGAGGCCUGCACGGCGGCAUCGGUAGGCAUGCACGCACAUAGCCGGCGAUCGAUCAAGGAUGAAGACUCACAUUGUUUACCAAGUGAACAUGAAAUGAGCAUCCAGAUGUAUUACCGUUCCACCAACGUCGGCUUGCACCACGUCCAGGCUGAUGGCGGCUGCAUGGUCUACUUCCGAGAGCCUAACGAUGCCGAGAUCCGCCGCAACAUGCAGUUGAUCCAGAUGCCAGACAUCAAGGACAUACCCGAGACCGAGGUCAAGGGAAAACCCCGCGAGUACAUCGGCAAGAUCCUGGAUUGUUGCGAUAAAGGAUUGUCCUUGACAUGCCGUGAUGGUUGUAUCUAUGUGAAGCGUCACUGCCGCAGUGUUCUCUUCUGGAGCACUUCGGAAGACGGCACACGAUGUGAGAAGCUGGAGCGUGACGUUGAGACAAAGAUCUUUGAUCUUGAUCGCUUCCGUCAACAUCUGCGGCAAUACUACGAGGGCUCGAUCCCAUCACCCGUAAUCCCUGAGAUCAACUUCAGCAUCGCACAGAAGCUCUGUGAUGCCUUUGAGCUGAAGGCCUGCUUCAUCUCGUUCGUAGUGCGACCAUUGCGAGCUGUGGAAGAGCUGCGGACACUCAACAAUGACGCCAGGUCGCUACCGCACAGCAGCCACAGCGGACUGCUCAAGUUCUCAGGUCCAGAGAUGCACAAUGAUGUCUUCGCCACCACCAGUGUGUCGCCUCUUCUGGCGCAGGCAGCUGCUGGGCUGGGUCCUUGGGGUGACAUGAGCCCUUACGCCGCGUCGUGCCCCAUGGUACCCCAGCCUGCACUUACGCAAGUCCAACACUGAGACAGCACUGUGGGUGGAGAGCAGAUGUAGCACAUAUGAUGACAGAGUGGUCUAAGACAAAUUUCGAUUGCACUGCGUCUUCUGUAGAUCUUGAAACUUCCCCAGUUUUAACUUGUUUUCCCGAGUUCUAUUGUCACAUCAUAGGCUUAUGUAUGAGCAUGACGAGUCCACAUCUCAUGUGAAAAUAUGGUGUUAGACCAUCCUUCUUGUGAAUGCACCUUUCAGUUCCUGAGGUGCUAUGGCUACGCUAUCAGCAAUCUUAUCUUCCUACUCACUAGAAUUCACCAUAUCUUGACCAAACAGUAGCUUCGAAAGAAUCUCAAUAAUAUCCUUUAAAAAGGGACGGAAACAUAGAUUAACUGUAGGGAAUGGAUAAAUAAUCAUGUUAUGAAUUUUCAUAAUGAUUUCUUGACACUACCGACUGUUGACAAAACCAUCCCUUCACUUAAAAAUAUAUAUAGAGAGAGCACAUUCCUAUAUAAAAACUUAGGUGCCAAAUUAAACCUGCACCCCCCCCCCCCCCUUACAAAUGAGUCCUACAAGACCAUAAUGCCAGUUACUGGACUACUGGAAUAGAAUAUUUAUGUGCCCUAUGUUAGGCAUAUAUGUAAGGAUAUUAGUGUCAUGUUCCAAUAUUUUUGAAGAUAUUUUUGUAACAGCACGUGUGUUCUUCGCUUGUAAGUGGUAGUUAAUUCGUAUUACUAGGCGACGUAAUACAUGAAGGCUCUUGUAGAAAAUAUGUGUACAUUAAUUCUUUGCUGACGUUGUAGUUCAAUCGAUUUUUGUUCCAUGUAGAUGUGAUUAUCAAAAGCUCUUUCUAAAUGCAUGUUGUAUAUUCAAUUUCUUGCCUGUGAUGUAUAUUUCUAACUCGUUGCUUCCGUAUCAGGAUUGUAAAUGAUGUAAUUUAUUUUGUAAGUUUGUUUGUAUAUAGUUCAAUCUUGUUCAUUUUUUUAAUUUAUGAGUAUAAUCAAAUAUCUUCUUUUUUUGCCUGUUGACCUCUCAUUUUUUCUUCCAAUCACAUCAAACUUAUUUUUUAUAAUUCCCGUAGACAGCUGAAAAAUAAUAUUACUUUGAAGACUCUUUUCUUAUUUAGUAUGUUUGCCGCGUGAUUUUUCUGCAAGAAGUGCCUUCAAAUCUGAGCAAAAUCUAGUUAACGUGAUUAUAUGAUGUAAAUAAUGAUGUGUCUGUAAAUACUGUACAUAUUCAUUCUGCUGAUUAUUUUUCUAUCUUGUAUCGUGGUAGGUUACAAUCAAUCCGAUGAAAGUAGGCAAGCGAAUUUAUAGAGACUUCUGAUAAGAAAAUAAAACGUUGGAUUUAGAUUUUUGUCAAAAUCAAAUCUCUUUUCUCUUGUUGCACAUGACAGUUUCGCAAUAGAAUGUACCAAAUACAACUACUCUGCUUGUAAAUAUUUGAACAAGAAAAAAACAUUGUUUUCACAAGACAUUCUUUUAUUCAUCAAGGGACAUGUUUCGUUUGUGAUUGCACUCCCCCCAAAAAUGCUCAAAAUAUUCCUGCAUCGAAUUUAUUUCUACAUUCACGCACCCACAGCAGAAUCUUACUCAAACGACUUUCGUAUUGGGGGAAAAGUAACUGUAUUUUAUCGCCCUCAUUAUACAACAGCUCCACAAUCUUGCCAUAAAACUAAAAACAUAUAAGCCGACAUAAAUUUGUGAUGUCGUGGAUAUUGCCAAAAAAUGUGUAGUUCUGUACAGUUUACUCAAAACGUAUAGAAAGUCUACAAAGACAAAAUAUAAUUUCUAGUUAAUCAUGCCAUGAAAUUUGAAAUGCUUAAAGCUUGCCACUUUUAGCCAUACGGAGUAGGUUAUGUAAUUCCCACACGUUAUAGAUACUAAUUUCGAGCAGAAACUGCAAAUUUCACUUUCGGCACAUUCUAAUUCAAAACGGGACACAUUUUUAACAUCCAACAUGUCAUCGCAGGGCAGGUUCCCGCGAAGUUUGUCUUGGUAAAUUGUUCAGUGACGAAAAUAGUAUAGGAUGAAUGUUUGUGCACAAUUUUUAGUCUUUCCAUAUUAUUCCAAUACAGUUUUUAUUUUAUGUUCAUGGUUUUAAUGGUGCUACGUGGCCAGACAUGAUGCGAAUUUGACAAAACUGUGGUUGUCUUGCGUACCUUUUUACGGUAGUCGUAAUGUUUUAUGUCAAUGUGCGUUUAAUUUGGAAGUACACAUUAAAAAAGGAAAGCAUUA